AAAGGAGGAAGCAGUUGCCACCUGUGAAUGGCAUCCGUGCACAUGGUUUGUGCCAAUGCUUUUUGUUUUUGUAUUUUGUUUUUAGAGCUCAAUGCAUGCAUUUACCAUAUUCUAAAUUGUUAUGAUAAUCAAAUAGGGAACAUCAUAAGGAUUCGAUUAACCUCACAAAAGCAAAAAGAAUCUGAUGAUGUGGUUACCAAAGAGAGGCUCACCUCUACUUCUGGAAGGACAGAUUCAACUAGUCAACAUGAUUCUGAAAUUGGUCUUGGACGGAGUCAAGAGUUCUGUUCUACUUCAGUGGGUAUUGAUGCAUCUUCGCAAGUUCUCACUACUCAACCUAUCAAAGACGAAGGUGGUUCAUCUUCUGGGAUUGCUUCUAUUGCUCCAUCCUAUGUGAAUAAGAUUCGGAAAGUUGAUUCAUUUUACAAAGAUCUGAUUGAGAAUUGGGUCCCACCACUCGUACAAAGUGAGCAGACAGAUCUUGGUGAACAAGAAUGGUUAUUUCAGAGAAAGAAUCAAGAUGGGGAAAGAUGUCAAGCUAGCAGCAAUGUAUUGUGUAGGGGCAGUUCAACUUUGUGGCCUCAUGCCCAAUACUUGCCUGAGGUUGAUCUUUAUGCCUUGCCCUUCACAGUUCCUUUUUGAGUUCAAUUAUUGUUACUCAGAUUACGUUUGUGUAUAGUUAAUGUGAAAGCUUGAUGCUCCAAAGUUUUGUAGUAGAUCCCAGAAAAUUAUUAUAUUCAUUUAUUGAAGUGGUUGAAGACCAUGAUUAUAUGAAGGUUGGACAGUUUUUAUUUGUCCAAUAUCUUAUUU